UAAUUGCGUUUAGAGAAAAGAAAAGAAAAAAAGAAAGAAAGAGAAAGAGAAAGGAGACAGAAUGACAGCCUGGGAGUCUAGGAAAACAGGUCCAAGAUGCCAAACCUCUUCUUACAUUUGAAAUUGGACAAUGUCAUAGAGCAGAGAUGAGUAAUCUGUCUCAAGCCCAGCUGGUUCCAGCCUCGAGCACAGGUCUAAUAACACCAAAGUUUCAGGGCCUGAUAAAGCGCACCCAAGCCUGCAUUUCUGAUCAGGUUUGCGUACUCGAUAAAUUUCCCACUGUACACACUUUUCUGAGGAAUUGGGGGAUAGAUGUUAGGAUGACGUAUUGUGUUUCCCGCCCCUUUCUCAAACUAUGAAGAACUAUUGUAACUAAAAAUACCGGUAACUAAUGUCUUUGAAAAGCAUAAUAUCAACAACUUGUGCUCCUCAUACUCGCCAUUUCUUCCUCAAUCUCCUCAAUAAAUCCACUACUCUUUCGCACUUAACCCAACUCCACGCCCACCUCCUCCUUCACGGUCUCCAAAACGACAUCGCAGUUGCCACAAAACUCACCCAUAAACUCUUUAAUUUUAACGCCACCAGCCACGCUUCUGCCCUAUUCUUCACCAUUCCAAAACCAGACCUUUUCCUCUUCAAUGUCCUCAUAAAAGGCUUCUCCAACAAUAACUCUCCUUUAUCUGCGAUUUCCCUGUUUACCCAUUUGAGAAAAAGCACUGAUCUUUACCCCGAUAACUUUACUUAUGCUUUUGUUGUAUCUGCCGCUAGGAAUUUUGGGGAUGCAAAGAUUGGGUUUUCACUGCACGGGAGGGUUAUUGUUGAUGGGCUUAGUUCAGAUUUAUUUGUUGGAUCUGCUCUUGUUGAUAUGUAUUUUAAACUUUCUCGCGAGGAUAUUGCACUUAAAGUGUUUGAUAAGUUGCCUGAGAGAGAUACUAUUUUAUAUAACACAAUGAUUUCCGGGUUGGUGAGAGUUUGUUGUUAUGAGGACUCUAUUAGACUUUUUAAGUAUAUGAUUUCCGGUAAUGGACCUCAGUUUGAUUCAACUACAGUUAUUGCUGUAUUGCCUGCUUUAGCUGAAUUACAGGAGUUGAGAUUAGGGACGGAGAUUCAAUGUUUGGCUAUCAAGCUUGGUUUUCUUUCUCAUAUUUCUGUGGUUACGGGUUUGAUUUCAUUGUAUUCAAAAUGUGGGGAUGUCGAUACUGCCAGUAUAUUGUUUACGGAUAUCGGUAGAAAAGAUUUGAUAUCUUAUAAUGCUAUGAUAUCUGGGCUUACUUUCAAUGGUGAGACAGAGUCUUCAGUGAGAUUGUUUGAAGAAUGGCUUGAUUCUGGAGAGAAGGUUAAUUCCAGCUCAAUUGUUGGGUUGAUUCCUGUAUAUUGCCCUUUUGGUUAUUUACCUCUUACUAACUGCAUUCAUGGUUUUGGUGUCAAAUCUGGUAUUGUUUCCCAUUCUUCUGUUGCAACUGCAUUGACUACAGUAUAUAGUAGGUUAAAUGAAAUGGAAGCAGCACGUCAGUUAUUUGAUGAAUCUUCAGAGAAAACUUUAGCUUCUUGGAAUGCCAUGAUAGCAGGUUAUACACAAAAUGGUGCAACAGAAAAGGCAAUUUCUCUUUUCCAGGAAAUGCAGAUGUAUAAUAUCAGUCCAAAUCCUGUCACAGUUACAAGUAUUCUUUCAGCUUGUGCUCAACUUGGAGCCUUGACUCUAGGAAAAUGGAUUCAUGGUUUAGUUAAGUUUAAGAGCUUUGAGUACAAUGUAUAUGUUUCAACUGCUUUAAUUGAUAUGUAUGCAAAGUGUGGAAGCAUUUUGGAGGCUCGUCGGUUAUUUGACUCUAUGCCAGAGAAGAAUGAGGUAACUUGGAAUGCCAUAAUAUCUGGAUAUGGUCUUCAUGGGCUUGGACAGGAAGCUCUAAAACUCUUCUAUGAGAUGCUGAAUUGCGGUAUUCAACCAACUAGAGUCACUUUUCUUUCUGUAUUAUAUGCAUGCAGUCAUGCUGGUUUAGUAAGAGAAGGAGAUGAAAUCUUCCAUAGCAUGGUCCGUGACUAUGGUUUUGUACCCUUAGCUGAGCAUUAUGCAUGCAUGGUUGACAUCCUUGGUCGAGCUGGACAAUUGAAACGUGCUUUGGAAUUUAUCAAGGGAAUGCCAGUUGAUCCAGGUCCUCCUGUAUGGGGCGCAUUGCUUGGUGCAUGCAUGAUUCACAAGGACACUAACCUAGCCCGUGUGGCUUCUGAAAGGCUAUUUGAAUUGGACCCACAAAACAUGGGUUACUACGUCUUGAUGUCAAAUGUUUACUCUGCUGAAAGGAACUAUCGACGCGCUGCUUUGGUGAGACAAACAGCUAAAAAUAGAAAGCUGACGAAGACUCCUGGCUGCACCUUAAUCGAGGUUGGCCAGGUUCCACAUGUCUUCACAUCUGGUGACUGGUCUCAUACACAAUCAACAGCAAUCUAUGCAGAGCUAGAGAGAUUAACUGGAAAGAUGAAGGAGGCUGGAUUUCAGCCAGAGACUGACACUGCUUUGCAUGAUGUAGAGGAGGAAGAGAAAGAACUAAUGAUGAAAGUUCACAGUGAGAAGUUAGCCAUUGCUUUUGGCCUUAUUUCCACUGCACCUGGAACCGAAAUUAGGAUUAUAAAGAAUUUACGUGUUUGUUUAGACUGUCAUACUGCAACCAAGUUUAUAUCUAAGAUCACAGAGAGGGUUAUAGUGGUCAGGGAUGCUAAUAGGUUCCAUCAUUUCAAGGAUGGCGUGUGUUCUUGUGGAGAUUAUUGGUGAUAAAAUUGGACUAAAGUUUGUGAGUUUAGAACAAUCAACAUUUAUGAGAUUCCAUUGGCCGGAAAUGAGGAAGUUCGAAGCCCAUUCAAUCAUUGGUUCUGUUCAGAUGCUUAUCAAGUAAUGUUUAAGGCAUUUUGAUCCAUCAUCUUGUUGAAGAACAUUAGAUGCACAUAUCAAAGAAGAAAAGGUAUACAAACUUCUCAGCAGUUGAUUCCACAUUGCUUGGUGUCAGGUCCCUUGGUUUUCAUGACAAAUGGGUCUAUUCGAACCCAAAGCAAGGAGAAGAUCGAAGCCAAGAGGACUGACCAGAUAACAACAAUGGUUGGUGUUCUGUUUUGCCGCCCCAUUAGACCUUUCAGGAAUGGGUAAAGAUGGACAAUCACCCAGAAGGCAAAGAAGAGCUUCCCAAAUAGAGGGCCCCAUGAUUGGUAUCCAUUGUUUAUAGCGUCUGAGACUCCAGCAACAACUCCUACAAGGUUGAUGAUUAAGAUGGUAGUCGGUGGUAUCAGGAGGGUUGUCCAUUUAAAUGCAUAUAGUUCAGCAAAAUCCUCAUCAUCAGUUGCCUUUGAAGUGACUGUGAAGUUUGUGUCAAUACCAGCUAAAACCUUCAGAAGACCUUGCACAACAGCAAAGAGGUGAGCUGAUAUACCACCAAUGACCCAGAAUUGCUCAUUUCUCCACCAUUCUUCAAUGCUCACUCCACUCCAUCUUAAUUCGAGAAUACCCGUGCCAAAAAUUGAUAGGAACAGAGCAAUGAAGAAUAGACUUGCAAAGGUGCUUAUCUGGAUUGUAAACAAAUCAGAAACAGGUUAACUAACAAAGUUACUAACAUUUGAGAAUUCAUUAUGAAUCUCAUGUGUUAAGCUAAUGCUGAAGAUUAAUUUCAACUGAUGGAUAAAAUUUAUUGUAUCUUCUGGAGCUCUGCAUGUUGUAUAUAGUAAUUUUUUGCUUAAGAUUCAGUAGACAAAAGCAGUUUUCAUUUACCUCUGGCAUGAUAAAUUUGUCAGUCAGCAAGCAAAUGGCAGGAAGGGUACAAUAGGCAAGAAGUGGCAAGGAGGUGAAAGGAUAGACAGUUGUAUUCACAUAUGCAAAUCUCUCAAGCCACUUGAGCUUUCCUUCUUUGUAGCCAUACCAGCAAGGGCUGUGACGACUAAAGAAUAUCUCAACGGAACCAAGAGCCCAUCGAAGCACUUGAUUGAGCCGAUCUGACAAGUUGAUGGGAGCUGAACCCUUAAAUGCAGGUAACUUUGGCAUGCAGUAGAUGGACCUCCAUCCACGGCAAUGCAUCUUGAAACCCGUAAGGAUAUCCUCUGUAAUUGAUCCAUAAAUCCAGCCCAGCUGCAGAGGUAAAAGUAACAUUAUUCAAGUGAUUAGAAGUUUUACCUGAAAUAGCUAUGAGAGGAUCGUGACUAAUGAUACCUCAAGUCCCCAGUCGGUCUUGUCCUCAUAGCCACAACUGAUGACGUGGAUGGCUUCUUUAAGCAGAGCUGCAGGACUGGAGGAAGGAGGAACACCACCUUCUUCCAUUAAAGUUGAAGUCACAAAAAUUGCCGACUUCCCGAAUUUCUUCUCAAAAUUCAUCUGUGACAUUAAGAGCUGCUUGUCAUCCUCUCCUGAAGAAGAAGAAGAUGAACAGGUCAGGAUUUUUGGGGGAAGGAAAAUUUGAGAAGCAAGUGACAAGUAGAAGAGUUAUUAGUGAGCUAUUGCUUUUGACCACCUUCAAGAUUUGCAACUUCUCCAUUUGCACCUUGCUUAGCAUUCUUCUUUUUGCGGCGUCCAAGACAUGGACAGCAGUCACACAUUACCAUCUUUGGGCGCUUGGGGCCCUUUGGAGGUAAAUAACCAUACAAAGCUUGCCUUCUGAAAACACAUCCUGUCCCGACAUAUACUGGACCCUGAAUUCCAUCUAGACCUUUCAUGUUAAUCUGCAGGAACAGAAAGAACAACAAAUAUUAGUUGAUUUCCUUCUCUGCACAAUUUUUACGGGAUAAAAGGAGAAUUUAUAUACAAAGAAAGGACUUACAUCAAAGAAAACAGUGUUUCUGUUUGCAUAUCGAUCGUGUCUAUCAAUACCAUCAAAUCUUUGAGGAAACUGUACAUAGCAAACUUUCUUUCCAAUCUGAGGAUCCAUCAAGAAACACAUGGCUUCUCGGACGGCCUUGCUGUUAUUUAUAUAAUGAUCACAAUCCAAGUUCAGCAUGAAAGGUGCAUUGGUGAGUACGGCGGAGACUCGAAUCUGAGAAAUUCCAAACAAGUUAUAUUAGUUAUUGCUACUUGCUAGGGUGAGUGAAUAUAAAAAGUUUAAGGUUGUUUUGACAGUUUAUUUAGUUUACCAGGGCAUUCAUGGCACCGGCUUUCUUGUGAUGUGCAAAUCCAGGCCUUUUCUCACGAGAGACAUAAACAAGGCGAGGAAGCUCAUUCCCUUCAACAUCAUGGCCUCCACUAUGACCAAGAAACACUUGAAUCAUACCAGGAUGAUCCUUGGUAUUGUUUCCAGGCCAUGGAGUUCCAUCUUGCAUAAUCCACCCCUCUGGAGGAACCUUCUGUGCUUUUGCUACAAUAGCAUUGAUCCGAACCUUGAAUUCUUCAUAUUCUCUCUGUCAAAGGCAAGAACAUCAUGAUACAUUAACCAAAACAGCUCCAAGUCUUACAAUGCUGUCAAAAUAAUCCUAAUUAUUUGGGUAGGCUAUAUCGCAAACCUUCAUAGCUCUACGUUCUUUAACAAAUGUAGGCUGCACUUUGUCCUUGAGAUAAUCCACCUUCAAAGUGAAGUACAUCUCAGGUGCUCGAGGCUCGAUGUUGAACUUCUUGCAGAAUGGAACCCAUUUCCGAGCAAAUUCAGCAGUUUCAGACAUGGCUUCAAAGGUGCACAUGGAAGCACCGUCAUCAGAGAGGUAGCAUGAGAUCUUCUCUACUGGGUAGUCCACAGAUAAGAUUGAGAGAAGUGUAUUUGCAGUCACAAGAGGGGGCUCCUUCAUUGGAUCCACAGUACUGACGAAGAAAUCCACAGGAGCUAGCAUAUUGGGCUCACCUUCCCGCUCAUAUCUGCAUUACACAACUUAUCAGUGCUAAAUCUAGACACAGAAGGUUAGGUCAUGCCAUAUAUUAGCUUCUGUGUGUAUCUCUGACAUUAUACAUUUCUCGACUAAGGUAUCUUUUCGGUGUGAUUAGGCUUAAUUACUAUGAAUCUCUUCAUAGUUCGAUUCGGUUCAACGGGACGAAGGUCCAUUUCUAAAGUGGGUUGCACUUGGAAAAUACUCCUUUAGAAGCUCGUGUAUUCUUUUAUUUCGGAAAAAAGAAAAAAACAUAAAUAUCUUUUUUUUAAUUAAAUUUACGGUUUGAUUUA